AUUUCAAGCGCGCCAUUUGUACGAGGAAUUUUUUUAUCAUGAGGUAAAGGCCAUCUAAUCUUUGAUUUCGAUCAUAUCAGGUGAAAAGUAAUAUCACCGACAUUUAAUGUAGUGAUGAAGGUUUCGUUGUGUCUUGAUGUAAAUUUAGAUGAUGUACUACGUGGCUUUUAUCGUGCCAAUUUUAACUGUAUUUUACUUGUAUCGACUGUUAACAAGCUCAUCAGGAUCUGAGUUUACUGACAAUUCAAUAGAUGCUUUUAUAUCAGAUGAUGCAGUAGAAAAGAAAGAUGAGCCAAAGGAAAGAUCCAAUAAGUACAAGAAAGAUUACACGGUUGAAGGUAGACAGAUUCUCAUAUUGUAUGGUACCGAAUAUGGAUGUAGUGAAGAAAUUGCUAAAUUACUUUAUGAUAGGAUAAAAGAUUUGAAUGCAGUUAACAGUGAAUUAUGUUUGCAACCCAGAGUGAUAAAUAUCCGAGAUUAUCAAAUGCUAGAUUUCAGCAGGGAACAAUUAUGUUUUAUUGUGAUUUCCACCAGUGGGGAUGGUGUGCCACCAACGGAGGCAAGACCAUUUUAUGAACAUUUACUGUCUACAGAUAUACCUGUUGACCAUUUGAAGUUCUCACUACUUGCCCUCGGUGACUCAAACUAUCCUCAAUUCUGUAAGACUGGGAGGACAGUUCAUGAAAGGAUGUUACACCUGGGUGCUGACAGUGUAAUAGAUAGGCAGGAUGUAGACAUGGAAGAUUGGUCUGUUAUAAACAAGUGGAUAGAUUCAGUCACUGUAUACAUACCAUCAGCUAGCCUUAACAUAUCACUGGACUAUAUACAACAUAAACAUAUCUCUGAAGAACUGUUUUCUAGAAACACACCUUUUAUGGCUAUAUUAAAAACCAAACGUUUACUGACUGUCUGUGAUGGUGAAAAUGAUAAAGAAACAAUACAUUGUGAGUUCGACAUCACUGGAAGUGGCCUUACAUGGACUUCAGGUGAUGCAUUAGGAAUAUAUCCACAAAAUAAUCCUUCAGAGGUGAAUUAUCUUAUACAGUGUAUGCAUUGUACUGGUAAUGAGAAAGUGACCAAGCCUUCAUGGGCUUAUCAGCAAAAUGAUGAUACAACUGAAUGUGAGUCUACAUUGACAUCUAUUCUUACAAAGUAUUAUGAUCUUAAAUCUGUGAAACUUGAAUUACUGAAAGCUUUAAAAUUCAACGUCACUGAAUCAGAAGAAAGGACAAAGAUAGAUAAUUUGAUUAACAAAGAUACAUCUCAGGCCAGUGAGCAUGUACAGAACUAUUUGAAAGAAAGAGAAGUAGCUGAUGUUCUAGCUGAUUUCAAAUCACACUCACUACCAGUGACUGACCUGUUAAAGUGCAUGAAAUCCCUACAACCACGAUACUACUCUAUUUCUUCAUCACCUAAAAAGAAUUGUAACAAAGUUUGUGUUACUGCUGCUGUAGUGAGGUACAAGACUUUAGGAAGACCAAGGACGGGUGUUACUACUACGUUCCUUAAUGACAGAUGUGAAAUUGAUGAUUGUUGUCCGAUUUUUAUGAGUCGCAAUCCAGAUUUUAGACUGCCUGCUGACAGUCAGAUUCCGAUCAUUCUGAUUGGACCUGGAACAGGCAUUGCACCUUUUAUUGCUUUUAUCCAAGAAAGAGAAAUGGAGGCAUCAAGUGCAGCAACAUGGUUGUAUUUUGGAUGUAGACAUAAAGACAAAGAUUAUCUGUAUAAAUCACAGCUUGAGAAAUGGAAUUUGGAUGGCACUAUUCGUUUAUCUGUUGCAUUCUCAAGAGAUCAAGAUCAGAAAAUUUAUGUUCAAGAUCUUCUUCAAAGAGAUGCAGAGGAAAUAUGGCGUCUAAUUAACAAGGAAAAUGCAAGUAUAUUUGUAUGUGGAGAUGCUAAGCACAUGGCACACGAUGUUCAUCUGACACUAACGAAUAUUGUAACAGAAAAGGGGAGUCUUGACAAAUCAAAGGCAGCUAUUUAUUUGAAAGAAAUGGAAGAAAACAGUCGGUAUGAGAAGGACGUUUGGGUAGUUUAAUAUAAUAUGUAUAUGAAGAUAUUUUUAUAUGAGAUUUUAUUGCAUGUUUUAGAUGUUAUAGAAAAGGG